AAUUUAUUUUACACGUUAAGAGAAUAAACUAAUUUAACUAACCUAAAAUAAUUUCAGUAAAAAAACUUAGCUUAAAUAACUCUUUUUAUAUUACAGUCUACAAAUUACGAAAAGCGAAUAUGUUUCAAUAAAACAAGUCAAAAUGAAGUUUUUUCAGAAAAAAAGGAUCAAAAUGAAUUCUUUGUUAUGAUCAUAUUAUUGGUUCUUUUUUUUUUAGAAUUACCCUGUUGGUAUUAAAACGGAUAACUUCUACGAACAUUUCAAUUGUUUCCUGUGAAAGUAGCGACAGUUUCUAUAACAAAUAAACAAGUACUGCCAAACUGAUGGGGGGCCAAGCAAGCAGUAGGCUGACACAUCACACAUAUGUACAAGGGGCACUUGUGAAUUAUGAUUGUAAUGCCUUCAAGUUUACGGUUCAAAGUUUUAAGCUCUAUGUCUCUAGCAAAAUGAUUCAAAACAUUUUUAAUGAUAAUUCUACUAAAAUUAAAAAUAAAAAUAAAUCAAGGUUGCUUUAUUAUAUUGAAAUUAGUCUAGAUUACCGCGCUAAGAUCCUAACAAAGCGGUCUCACCAGCCACCACAACAGAUAUAUAUUAGUUUUUUUAACAUUUAGUAUUAGUAGUAAAUCUAUCCAUUAAAAAUUCAAAAGAUUCAAACCAGGAUGAGAAUAUCCGUUAGUUUCCUUUUGAAUCCUUCUACUUUUGUAAAUGUACGGCACUACACACAUGACACAUCACUAAUUUAUUGAAAUACCUUUACCAUCAAAAGUUAUUUUGAAUUAGAAUUAUCUUACUCAAUAACUCUACAAUAAAGAUUGUAAUGGUUGGUCCGAUAUUAUCUUGUCAACAUGUCUCCUCUUUUUUUGUUAAGUAACAUGUCUCCUCUUGUUUUUGUCUCUUCUUGAAAGUGAUUUUAUUGCUUUAUAACUCAAUGUAAACAAAUAAAGAGAAAACAUUUUGUUCCUAGUAAGCAUUUUAAAACCUAGCCGAGUUGUUUGAGAUCCUUUUCGCGGAAAUAAAUAAAGAGUAAUCCAGGAAGAACGGAGAGAACUGAAAAAAACAGCCACCAAGUCCCUCAAACGUGCUACGGAGAUGGGUGACGUCAUCUCACCUCAUCUACGUGACGGCAGCAGAGCUCUGGUAAACCAAUGGAAGGGCAAAUAAGCUAUCACUUUCCCAUUAUAUCCUCGACUCCACUAUACUAUUGAUAAGCCAGUUCACAAACAUUCCUGUUAUACCCUCCACGCAGUUAUAACUCAAACCUAAUCUCUCUCUCUCUCUCUCUCGUCUCUCUUUCUUAAGCAUCUCCCUCUGAUUAUUUUCUCUGUCUUGAUUAGAGAUAAAACAAAAAGAAAACUCCAGAAAAUCUUUCUUCUGUCCACUAUAUUAGACCAUUGUCUCAUCUUCAGAUCAUCAUAUCUAAAAACCUAAAAAAAAAACUCACACACCUAUUGUAACAAAAAAUGGAUCCAAAUAGUAACAACACCAAAUCCAUAAAGAGAAAAGUUGUCGACCAACUCGUCCAAGGCUACGAGUUCGCUACUCAGCUUCAGCUUCUCCUCUCUCAUCAACACUCAAGUCAGUACAUCAGUCAGACCCGUAUUGUUUCUGGCGAUCUGGAUCCAGUUGAUGAGCUCAUCGCUAAGAUCUUGAGUUCUUUCCACAAAACCAUAUCGGUUCUUGAUUCUUGUGACUCCGUCCCUAUGGCCGUUAAGGGUUCACCGAAUGCUUCACGUGGUGAUGAUUUGGCGGCUCCUGUGAGUUGCAACGGUGGAGAUUCCGGGGAUAGUAGGAAGAGACUUGGGGUUGGGAAGGGCAAAAGAGGAUGCUACACUAGAAAAAAGAGAUGGCAUACUUGGACUGUGGAAGCUAGUAGAAUCGAUGAAGACAAAUAUGCUUGGAGGAAAUAUGGACAAAAAGAGAUUCUUAAUUCCAAAUUCCCAAGAAGUUACUUUAGAUGCACACACAAGCCAACACGAGGAUGCAAAGCAACAAAGCUAGUUCAAAAACAAGAGCAAGACCCUAGUUUAUUUCAAAUCACAUACAUUGGCCACCACACAUGUAAUGUUAGUGACCAAACACAAGCAAAUACCGAGCCUAAUGACCACGGAGUAGUCAUGGAUUCGGACAACGCAUUGGUUGCAACUAUUGCUCAAGACAAUGUUAAUGCAAAUAUACAAGAGCAAGAGAACGACAUCAGUAGUCUGAUUGUAGUAGGUGCAGGCAUGGUGAAGGAGGAGGACAAUAACAAUGGUGAUCAGAAUAAGAACUAUUGUGAGGGUUCUUCCGUAGAUGGCGAUUUAUCAUUGGCGUGGCAAGAUGUGAUGAUGAUGUUUGAUGAUCAUCAACAUCAUCAGAAUCACUACUAUCAAGGUGAAACUAGUACUGCUUCUCAUAAGUUCUCUUUCAUUGACAACGAUCAACUCUUCUCCUUAUUCGAUCCAUACUGCCCUUACGAAGGAACAAAUGCCAUAUGAACAUUCAAAUCCGAAUUGAUAUAUCGUAAUUGGGCUAAUAAUCUUUUCUCAUCCUCUCUCUUUGAGUAUGUUUAGUGAAAUGUAAUAUUUUUGUUGUAUUUUUGAUAAAGUACCAUAUGGCAUAUUUAAUUAUGUUUCUACAUUUCUCAUGUUUCAUUUUUUUAAAUGGGCACUAGAUGUUUUGUACGCGGCUGUAUCAGUCUGAUUCUUGACUAAAUAUGUUUUUUUCUCACAAGUUCAUUUUGGAUAAAUCAUAGGUUGACAGUAAAGGUGAAACAACUUGGUUAAUGGAUUGUUAUGUAAUUAGAAUAAGCCAACAACUGCGACAGUCCCACUAGGUUAUUGUUUUGCCUAUAUGAUUGACACUGCUUUAAUCCAUGUGUGUGACAUAUGAUUACCUAUAAAGAGUGUAAAGAGACUUAUCCAUUCAAAGUGACGGCUAUGAAUGUUUGGUGCUAAAAAGGAAGAAGCUGGACACAAGUGCAACUCGCAACUGGUGUGCUUUGUCUUUUUGUUGUUGCCCUGACAUAAGAAUCGCCGUAUGCACAAGGGCAUUUAUUAAUGCUUGCUGCAACAAUAAACCAAAAUCAAUCAAGCUGUACUAUCUUCGGUAGUGACCCAAAAAUAAAUAUGUUCCGUACACGUUCUCUUUUAUACAAACUAAAUACAUUUCACUCAUGUGACGCAUAGAUCAAUCUUUGAAAUAUUUUCAAGAAUUUGAGAAAUUUAAAUAUAACAUAGAUAAAUAGAUAAAACUUACUUGAUUCCAUCGAAAUAAUUAACGAGUUAGUUCAGAAAUAUAACUACUUUUACGUGAGAUAUGAUGGGGGUAAUUUUGUGUGUGUUACCCAAAGUCUAAACUAAAAGAUAUAUAUAAUUCAUUCAGCACCUUAAACAUAUUUUGCAUAUGUCACAAUAUACUGUUAUAAAAUAAUUGAGGAUAGAGGGAGUGCCCUCUCCGUCGACAUAGCAAGUACAACAUGAUGAGAAAAAGGGCAAAACGAAGGCCCAUGCAUGAUUAAUAGUGACGGUGGGGAGGGGCCGAAAACAUCCACUCGAAUACCUGAUUUUGACACUCACGACCUCUUUUUAAAUUAUUUGGAUGCUUUUGUCUGAAAAAGACAACAACCAAAAGGAAAAAAACACCAACACGUUCAUGCCAAUUUGUGAGACACUGACAAUAUAACAAAUUCCCCCUGUUUUGAUAGAUUUUAAAUACAAGGAGAUUGCAUAUAUAGUUUAUGUAAGAAAAUGUAGCUUGCACUGAAAUAAGUAUACAAAAAAUAUUAUAGGAUAUUCUGAUUACUUUUCUGUUUUAAAUUUGUCGUCAGAAAUUUGAUUACUUAAUGAUCUAUCUCAAAGCCAAUAUCUAAUCUCCUUAAGCUAAAUUUGAAAUGGUUUUAGUCUUUUAUAAACAAGAGUCAAGAGAUUUGUUGGAAACAAUGACUUUAUAAAAAGGAAAUCGUGGGAAAUAAUCUUUUAAAAUGAAAAAUUAAAACCCUAACACUAAUUUUGUUUAAUUAUUAAUUAUUGAAUAUUGUAAGUACUUGCAUUUAAAAAUGUUUUCACAGUACCUUAAAACAGUUGAUUCUUUAAUAAUUAACCUUUCUUCUAAAAUUUAAACUUGAAUCAUUUUAAUUGUCACCUGAAAAAUGUUACGUUAAAUUGAAUAAUCAAAUAGAGAAUGAGAAGAAAACAAUGAAAAUAAAUAAAAUAUAUGAGUGAAAUAAUCCCGUUUAGGAACAAAUCACCUUCCGUUAUAUAGCAAGACAACACUAGUCUAAAAAGAAUUGGUUUCCAUUAGAUU